AAAUACACAAAAAUCUCCUGAGGAAUUUUAUAGAACGCAAAACAAAUGAUAAGGAUCCGGAGGAAGAUGGGUCCUCAUCAGCCGCUGACGUCUAAUAACAACAAGGAAUGGAUAUGUUGUUUCAAUCUCCAUGUCCUAACUGCAACCAUAAUGAUUGGACUCUGGCAUUUGUUCUUAAAUAUCCUCGCUCUAAGCCUAUUGGCGGUUAUUAUGCGUAAUCCUCACAUGAUGGAAGAACUGGAAAACAGUUACGAUUACAAUGUCGACAUGAAUGCCCCAGCUUUACCUACCCCCCUAAGUAAAGUGGAUCCACCAUUUGCCUAUCGUGAUCACUCGCUUAUUUACCGGAAACAAUAUCAGAGCUAUGACAUGGGCGGUUUAGUAUGUACCUGUAUGAUUGCCAUUACUAUGAUGAUGAUCUAUGGUGCUAUUAAGGGCAAACCGUCUCAUCUACUGCCCUUCUUCUGUCUUCAGUUAUUCGAUUUUGCCAUAACCACCCUGACCGCUGCCGGAUAUUUGUGUUAUCUUCAAGCUAUUCACCGUCUUAUAGAGGAAUCCCAUCGUUUGCCAUGGCGCGAGAAGCUAUUGGAAUUGUCACCAGAGGAACUUGUCAUUGUGGUCCUUAUAGUUUUUGUGUGCAUUGUUUUCCUGAAAGCGUAUGCCAUCGGCAUCGUCUGGCGUUGUUACAAAUACUUGACCUUGAGACAGCAAAGUAUGCGUACAUUGCUGCCAUUGGGCAUCUCUGACAUAACUGGUAACAAUUGUGGAUCCGAGGAACGCGCCUAUUCUACUCUAUUGCCCAAUUACGAUGAGGCUGUAGCAGCAUAUAUGAAGCAAGCUCCACCCCCAUCUUAUCAAGUUGCCAUGUCGAACUUGCCGAGGGAGGAACCGAUUGACAUCCCCGAAAUAAAUGCAGUUGCUGGAACCGAAGAAGACAACAACAAUGACACGUCAAACAACAACAACACGGUGCACAUCAAUAACAAUACCCCAACCAUGAGACGUAACGAAAUCGUUUCCGGCGAGACUAUGGGCGCUGUCGGUGGAGACCCAAAUAAUGAGUUGACUCCACCACCUUCGUAUAAUGAAGUUAUUAUUGAACCAGAAUCACACCCACAAAGUGACCCAGCAACCGGGGGUAAUGUCCAAAUUUCAAAUCCCUCCAACAACGCUCAAUCUAAUAUCAAUGAAAGCCACGCAUAA